AUGGCAAACGUGUGUCCAUUGCUCAUUCGUCCAUCGUUUAGUGGAAAUACUUAUCAUGAUCUUCAGUUAAAUUUUGAAUCUCCGACUACAAAUUGUACAGCAGACUCAAAUCAAAAUAUACUUCUCAUUCAAUUUACUCGUAUUUUAAAUUCAACAUUCAACUAUACAUCCUAUGCGCUCUAUGAUUUUGCCAAGAAAAAUAAUGAAUUACCAUAUUUACAAGUAUUUCCUGAUGAUCAUAUUAAUUUAUGCGUACGAUCAGCAUUUCACGCCGAUAGAAAUGAAGUCGCAUGUUAUGAAUUUUACAUGAUAACAAUGCUAUCGUCAAUCGAUCGAACAUUUUGGCCAUUGCUCAUUAUAUUCGGCUAUAUAAUUAUAUUAAUAAUACCAAUGUUAUUUUCUUUAUUAGCACAGAUAUUCAAUAAAUUAUCUCGAACAUUUUAUAGAGGUUCAAUAACAAAAAAAUUAGUAAAAACUCGAAAUAUAUUUUCAUUUUUGCCGACAUCACAACGGCAAUUAAAUGAUAUGAAUUUGAAAAAAUUGGACGAAAAAAAAGAAUUGUUAAACGCAAUUGAUUCCAUCGCAAAAGAAUUUAAAAAAAAAUCAAAAACAUUUAUUAUUACACAAGAAAACCCCGUUGGACAAGUUAACCGAGCUUAUCUGUAA